ACCAGGGCGACGAUGGCUCUAACGCGUCGGUCACCGCUGUGGUCGUUCUUCGUUCGCUUGUUUCCAGCGCCCCGGCGGGAUCUAGCGGUCCAUGCUACCGACGAGCCUCUGCCGGUGGUGCGCAUUCCGCGUGCUUUGCAGCGGCGGCAGGAAAAGCAGCAGAGCGGGCGUCGGAAUCUCCCGCAGCCGGUGCUAGUGCGACCUGGACCGCUGUUGGUGUCGGCGCGGCGCCCGCAGUUGAACCAGCCGGCGCGCCUCACUCUGAGCCGGUGGGAGUCCGCGCCGCUCGCCUCGCGCGGCUGGAAGCAUCGGCGGGCACGUGGGGACUAUUUUUCCAUUGAGCGCGCGCAGCAAGAGCCACCUGCCCUGCGGAAACUUUCGUCGCAGGGCACUUUCGCGGAGCUAGGUUUGGAGCCCCGCGUGCUGAGUGCCCUUGAGGAGGCCGCGCCGGAAGUCGUUCGGCCCACCACUGUGCAGGCAAGCACCAUUCCCCCAUUGGUCCGUGGCCGCCACGUUCUUUGCGCCGCGGAAACGGGCAGUGGAAAGACUCUUACCUACCUACUGCCGUUGUUUCAGCGGCUCCUGGGUGGGCCUGUCCUGGACUCCAGCUCUAUCGCCACUCCCCGCAGCCUAGUCCUUGUCCCCUCCCGAGAAUUAGCCGAACAAGUGCAGGCUGUAGCGCAACCAUUGGGCAGGUACUUGGGCCUGCAAGUACAGGAUCUAGAGGGAGGUCAUGGCCUGCAUAGGGUCAAGCUGCAACUGUCUAGAAAACCUUCAGCAGAUGUACUAGUGGCCACUCCAGGGGCUCUGUGGAAGGCUCUGAAAAGUCAACUGAUCAGCCUAAAACAGCUCUCCUUCAUGGUGUUGGAUGAGGCAGACACACUGCUGGAUGAAAGCUUCCUGGAACUUGUGACCUACAUCCUGGAGAAAAGCCAUAUAGCAGAAAGCCCAGCUGACUUAGAAGACCCCUUCAAUCCCAAAGCUCAGUUAGUGCUGGUGGGAGCCACAUUUCCUGAAGGCGUAAGCCAGUUGCUCAGUAAAUUUGCCAGUCCAGACUCUCUCACCACCAUCACAAGCACUAAGCUUCACUGCAUCAUGCCUCAUGUCAAACAGACGUUUAUGAAACUGAAAGGAGCAGAGAAGGUGGCUGAGUUGGUACAGAUCCUCAAGAAGUAUGACAAAACAGAUAAGACUAAACCAUCAGGGACUGUUCUGGUGUUCUGCAACAGCUCUAGCACUGUGAACUGGCUGGGAUAUAUUCUGGAUGAUCACAAAAUUCGACACCUAAGGCUGCAGGGGCAAAUGCCAGCCAAAAUGAGAACAGGUAUCUUCCAGUGCUUUCAAAAAGGCUCCCGAGACAUACUUCUCUGCACAGACAUAGCUUCUCGAGGCUUGGACAGCAUCCAUGUGGAGCUGGUUGUUAAUUAUGAUUUCCCCCUCACCCUUCAGGAUUACAUACACAGAGCAGGGAGGGUAGGCCGAGUGGGGAGCGAGGUACCAGGCACGGUUAUCAGUUUUGUGACCCAUCCCUGGGAUGUGAGGUUGGUUCAGAAGAUUGAACUGGCAGCUCGUCGAAGGAGAAGCCUUCCAGGACUAGAAUCCUCAGUGAAAGAUCCUUUGCCUGAGCCAGCCUGAUUUUGGCUGACAUAAAGGUGAUAGGUAUUUGCUUUUGUCCUGGGUGGGUGAGCACAUUUGUCAGAAGGAAGCAUUGGACAUACCCUGUCUUCUCCCUGAAGCCCUGCUUUUCUCCUUGUGGCUUUGAAAGGUAAGCUGCUGGCCAGCACUGGAGUGUGAAAAAUAAAGUGGAUUUUGACUUUAUUAUGAUUUCUAACAAUAAAUGAUAGUUUUUAUGGGA